AUGAGCUUCAUUUCUAAUUUAUUGAGAGCCACGGCGCCUAGUUACCGUGAAACUUUCGAUGUUUUUCGUUUGUUCAUGGACAUUUGUGGUUUGAACAUUUUCGAUGAUAAUUUUGCUAAAGGCUUGGUAAACCUUAUCCGGUUUGUUGUACCUCCGCUGAGUGGAUUAUACACCAUCAUUGCAAUCGUCAUUCAUAUGAUUCGAUAUCUGGGUGAUGUGGACACAACUAUUCUUAGUCUAGCAGCGCUUUUCUCGGCGCUUGAAGUUCUCAUAAAGGUUGGCGGGAUGACAUUCAAGCGUCUGAAAGCUGUUGCACUGAUGUCUGUCGUUUUAAGCGAUCGAAGUUACGACGAUGGACCAACGGAAAGAGCUGCAUUUCUCAGAUAUCACACGUUGGCGAGGACUCUAAUGUACAUUACUAUUCUGUCAUAUCCAUUAACGGCACUGAUGCUACUGUUGUAUCCGGUAGUAGCAGGAAAGUUAGACGACUAUAUGUUACCAGUAGGAUACUCAAUUCCAUUCAUCGAUCAUAAGCAACAGCCCUGGUUUGCCAUCAACUACUGUAUCAUAGUCGUUCAGAUGUCCUGGUGUGCCUUAUCCUUUGUAGGAAUGGAUGGCCCCUUCUAUAUCUAUGUAUGUUAUUCAACUUGUAAGCUGGAAAUUCUGAAGAGUUACAUCAAAAAGAUCGGUGAUUCAGAGGACAUAGAAGAACAACGGAGUUUAUUAAGGAAAAUUAUACACAUUCAUACCGACGUGUUGAAGUUUUUAAAGGAUUGUUCCGAAUUCUACCAGGAAAUUUAUUUGACUCAGGUUCUAUUCUCAAUCGCUCAUAUUUGCGUUUCACUGUUUCAUAUUCAGUUGGGACUCAAAAACAGCUCGUAUGGGAUGUUGGCAACAAAUGUGGCAAAAAUGUGGCUUUUUUGCUACUGUGGAGAGUUGGUCGUUAAAAAGUCCAACGAGGUUUCGGAUGCGAUGUAUAACAACAAAUGGUACACACUAUGGCAUACAGAGGAUUUGAAGGCUGUUCGGUUUAUGUUAGCGAACGCACAACGGACAGUUGGAUUUUCAGUUGGAGGUUUUGGUAUUCUGUCUUACACGACAUUCACUGAGAUUAUGAAAACUGCGUAUAGCUGUAAUGCAUUCCUGCACAAUAUGAUGAAUUAA